AUGCUAAGGGUUUUUUUCUACCAAUGGCGUGUCAAACCUGAGCACGGCGAGCGCCUAGCGGUCAUCUCGCACAGAGGUCAGGAGUAUUUCAAGGCUUCUUUUCAAUGGUGCCGCAUAUACCUCGACGACAUUGUCGUCUGCUCCACGACCUUCGUCGACCACCUUUCGCAUUUACAUCUUUUGUUCCGACGGCUACAAGACUACGGUAUCCGGCUGGAACCCAAAAAAACGUUACCCCCGGCACUACAACGGCCCCGCGUGACUUUACGCCCGGGCACGAACUACAAUUCCAUCUUCGGCCCACGACCGUUCUCCAGGUCUAUCUUUGGGCCGCGACCGCCGUCCACGUUCGGCCAAUACCGGGAGACCACCGACCCCUCUUCUCCGUCGCAGGCAGCGAGCGUUGAACCGCCCCUAGACGCUGACGACCACAGGCUCGCCGCAGACACCCAACAUGCCGUGCAGGAUGCACCGGCACAACAAUCCAAUCCCCUUCACCCCACCGUCGAAGACGUCACCGGACAACAGGGGCAAGCUACGCCGAGUGAGGUACCCUCCGAGAAAUACCCACCCCACUCUACCCCCCAACUCUCGAAGGCUGUACGACGCCAUACGCCGCCAUGUUUCUCCACAACAGUUCGCCAACAUCACGGCGGCCAUGGCAGCUUCGCAGCCAGAGAUAACGCAGACAGCCACCCAGGUGUUCCCAUAACCGACAAUUCAACCACAAUCAUACCGCGCGCAGCAUGCCCUGCCACCCACGUCGGGGCCACAGACGUAUACGGCGCCGACGGUUCCGCUGUGGGCCACGUCGUACCAUGCCCCGCCCCGUCCCCAGAUCCGUUUGACCGCGAACCGGCGGAUCUAGAGCCGGCGUACGACAAGUUCCCUGACGAGCAAGAUCGUCACGACGUGGCCGCCGUCCUGGACAUGCGCGUCCGUCAUCUGGGACGGUAUAGGACACUAGUGAAAGAAUACCUAAUCCAGUGGCAAGGAGAAGCACAAAACGAUCUGCCCCAGAGACAACCGCGCCGGACGCUAAAAGACCUAUCGCCGUCCAGCGAUAAUGACCAAGCGACCAACUGGACUGCGCCGACCUCUGAGGUCUGCCGCCUUAUGGGCGGGUUCAGCGAGGAUAUCGUACUCAUGUGCGAUAACGUAGACGGCCUCUCCAGACGGCUACAUUACAUCAACAAGACCCAGGAACUUCUAAGCACUCCACGGGCCAGGCAGAUCCUGCAGGUGGCAGACGAACCCGCCAGCCUACACGAUGAAUAUGAAAACGCAGCCACCGCCAUGAAGACACAGUUGCAGGAGAAUGGCAACGACGUCGCUGGUUACAUCCUAGGCAACAUCUUGCGCUGCAUUCAAAAGGACGCCGCCACCAUCUUGGCCGGGCGCCAAACCGACCAAUCCCCAUCAACGACGCCAGUAGCAACCAAGCGCCCGACCACACAGUGA